AUGGCCACCUUUCGGCGAUUUCGACCCGACGAUGUGAAUAAGUUUUCCAAGUGCAACCUCGAUCCCUUCACGGAAACAUACGAACUCAACUUCUACCUCCAAUAUCAUGCGAAAUGGCCAUCUCUGUUUCAAGUCUGUGAGGACAUGGAUGGAAAUAUUGUUGGAUAUAUCAUGGGCAAGGUGGAAUCAUCACCGGACGCCUACAAAUUUUCCGAACAUUAUCUGCCAUGGCACGCUCAUAUCACAGCACUUACCGUCGCCCCGGAAGCCCGAAGGUCUGGCAUUGCCAAGAUUCUGACCGACCAGUUGGAGGUUGCAGCUGAUGCUGAGAACGCCUGGUUCGUGGACCUGUUCGUGCGAAGUAGCAACCACCGGGCCAUCACUCUCUACAAGAAUCUGGGUUACAGUGUCUUCCGUGUAGUCAAGGACUACUAUGGCGACCAUGCUACAGACCCUUCCAGGUCGAGCGAGGAUGCAUUCGACAUGCGCAAGCCCAUGAAGCGAGACAAGGAUCACCAGCACAUUCGAGAUGACGGAGAGAGCCAUAUGGUUGAUCCUGAGGAUGUCUGGUAA